AUGACUUUCUUCAACACUUACCCAGGCUUCCUCUAUCGUCAGUUUUUGGUCUGCCCAUCUAAGGCCCCGUCAACCACCUCCCUUCACGGCAAGGCAGGCCUCGUGACGGGCUCCAACACUGGACUGGGGUAUCAUGCUUCAGCACAGCUGCUUGAGAUUGGACUAUCGCAUCUGAUUUUGGCCGUUCGCAGCAUCUCCAAGGGCGAAGCUGCCCGGAAAUCCCUUCUCGCUUCACUCCCCGCUUCGGCCAAAACCCCCGUGGUCGAGGUCUGGGAGUUGGACCUAGGAAAUUAUGCCAGUAUUAUCGCAUUUGUUGACCGUCUCAAGCGCUCUGAGAUCCAGAUCGACUUUGCUCUUCUCAAUGCCGGUGUUGCCAACUUCGAAUACACCGUGAACCAACCCACCUCCCAUGAGUCAAGUAUUCAAAUUAAUUGGCUGAGCACUGCUCUCUUGACCCUGCUUUUGCUACCCGAGCUCGAUCGUCAAGCUGCCGAUAACCUCAAUCGCCCUCGUCCGGUGCUUUCCAUUGUUGGAAGUGAAACAGCCGCUUGGGCCAAGCUCGCCGAAGCUAAGGUGUCUACCGAGCAAGGAAUCCCACUUAUCGAGGUAAUGGAUGACAAGAGCCAUUUCGACAUGGGCGAUCGAUACUAUGCUUCCAAGCUGCUCCAGCAGCUCUUCUUCCUCGAGUUGCUGAACCGCCGAUCCAGUGCCAAGCGCUCCACAGGAGCUAUUCUCAACAUGGUGAACCCUGGUUUCUGCUAUGGCUCUGAGUUGCAUCGUACAGCUGAGGGCGCCUUGGGUACAGUCCUUGCAGGUGUGAAGAGAGUCAUCGGUCGCUCUACCCCUAUGGGUGCUCGUACAUUGGUUCAUUCAGCGGUUUUGGCCGGUGAAUCUUCCAAUGGCAAGUUCCUGAGUGACAACAAGCUAGCUCCAUUUGCCGGAUAUGGAGAUAGUGAUUCUGGUAGAAUCACGCAGUCUCAGGUCUGGAAAGAAACAUUGUCCGAGUUGGGGCCGGUGGUGAAUAUUGACGAGCUGUUGUCGGAGAUUUAA